AUGGGCUCCUGCUCCACCAUCACCGCCAGCCUCCUCCUCCUCCUGGUGGUCCAGCUCCCAGGGCAGACCAGAGCCAACCCCGUGUAUGGCUCCGUGGCCAACGCCGACCUGAUGGAUUUCAAGAAUCUGCUGGACCGUUUGGAGGACAAGAUGCCUCUGGAAGACGAGAUGCUGCCCCCGCAGGGACUGAGCGAGCAGAACGAGGAAGCCGGGGCCGCGCUCAGCCCCCUCCCCGAGCUGCCGCCCUGGACGGGGGAGGUCAGCCCAGCCCUGAGGGAGGAGGGGACCCUGGGGCGGGGCCCCUGGGACGCCUCCGACAGGUCUGCCCUCCUGAAGAGCAAGCUGAGGGCACUGCUCGCCGCCCCCCGAAGCCUGCGGAGGUCCAGCUGCUUCGGGGGCCGGAUGGACAGGAUCGGGGCCCAGAGCGGCCUGGGCUGCAACAGCUUCCGGUACCGGAGAUAG